CCCUACAUACUGAGCCCACCGAGCUUGGAGCGCAGACGCCGCCGCCGCGGCUCUACGAAAGACGAUGCCGCGCCUGCCCGACUGGCUGAGCUUCAAGGACCUGCAGCGCCUGAAAUGCGAGUUCAUCGGGACCUUCUUCCUCUGCUUCGCGUACGCGUGCAAGACGCACAUGGAGUGGUCGAUCGCGCCGCUGGCGGUGGGCGCGACGUACGCGGGAGUGGUGUAUGCCGGCGGGCCCGUGUCCGGCGCGCACUACAACCCCGCGACGACCGUCGCAUUGUUAGUGAGGGGCAACAUCAUCAGCGCGAAGAACGCCACGUUAUACAUGCUGACGCAAGCCUUGGCCGCGAUCUGCGCCGCCGUCAUUGCGGGCGGCGUCUUCGCCUUCAGCAACAACGCCUACCCGACGCCGGCGGAUGACAUCGACGACUGGAACGCGUUCGCGACGGAGAUGCUCUUUACGUUCAUGCUCGCCUUCGUGAUUUUGCACGUUUCCACCCGAGACGAGGUCGCGGGCAACGGCUAUUUUGGGUUGGCUAUUGGUCUGGCCUACACCGCCGCACUCAUUGCCACGGGGGAGAUCUCCGGAUGCGCGUUAAAUCCGGCGAUCGGGUUAUUAGCGUUCAUCAACGGAGACUGGGACGGCGCGAAGCAGGCCUACAUUUAUAUUUUUGGGCCGCCGAUCGGGGCGGCCAUCGCCGGCCUCGUCUUCAAGCUGACGACGCUGGUCGACGCGGCGGAGGAGUCGGGCCAGUCCGCUCAAAUAGUGUCGCAGGGCACGUACGUGACCUUCAUGGUCGAGGCCGUGGGCACCUUCUUCGUUUGCUUGGUCUACGCGUUCACGUCGCCGGGCAUCCAUAUCUCGCCCCUUGCCGUGGGCUGCGCCUACGCGGCGAUGACCUACGCCGGCGGCCCGGUGUCGGGCGGGUGCUUCAACCCCGUCGUGGCGCUGGCCGUGGCCUUUCGGAACUUCGGCACGGACCUGGCGCCGAUCUUCAAGCCCUCGACGCUGCUAUUGUACAUCGCGGCGCAAGUCGCGGGCGCCCUGGCCGCGGGCGGCACGGCCGCCGCAAUACUCGUCGGCGACCACAAGGUCGGUCAUCCCUCGGUCGGCAGCGGCAGCGACAUGGGCUCCGCGUUCCUCGGCGAGAUGGUCGGGACGUGCCUGGUCGUGCUCGUUGUUUUGGGCACGGCGACCGUGGAAAGUACAAGGGAUAACAUGUACUUCGCGCUGGCGAUCGGUUUCGCGAUCCUCGGCGCGGGGGCCGCCGUCGGCGGCGCGUCGGGCGGAUGCUUUAACCCCGCCGUCGGCCUGCUCGUCUUUGUGUCGGACUCGAAUCUUGCCGACGCGUGGAUCUACUGGGUGGCACCACCCAUCGGCGCGCUCUUCGGCCUCAUGGCUUUCCGGUUUGUCUACUACGACGACGUCGCCGCCGAGGAACUCGGCGGCGUGUCGAAGCCGGACUCGUCUGUGGGCGAGGGGUAUGCGGCGUUGGCGUAACAUUUGGUGAAUAAAAGUUAGUCAGGCAGGGCGCAUCGCGAUGGAUUUUCGUGAAGGGGUAUAUGUAUACCUGACGGUACGUCGGUGCCGAGCGCCGAGACCCUUUCCCCCGGUCGAAACGCAGUCCCCCUCAUCUGGUAAUGGGUUUUCCAUACUUCCACAUGUAUGCCCCGCAUACGAGCAAAGACCCGAUACAUUUUCUUGACGGGGUAUAUACUUUGGUAUACCAGGCUUAGUACGGGACAACACCGCGUAUAUAUAGAGGGCUUUUGUGUGAAUAUAUAUAAGUAAAAAUUUCUAUUCAAUUAUUUGCUUAUGUGGCUGUGGCUGUAGAUGGUUCACUU